AUGUCCGGCUGGGGGUUGGGUGGUUGGUUUGGCGGCAACUCGGCUGCGAAGAAAGAUGCCCCCAAGAAGGCCAUUCUGCAGCUGAGAAGCACUCUCGAAAUGCUGAACAAGCGUGAGAAGCAUCUGCAGAACCAGAUGGACGAGGAGGACCAGAAGGCCAGGAAGUUCAUCAACACAAACAAGACCGCCGCCAAGAACGCCCUGCGAAAGAAGAAGCAGCUCGAGACAACUCUGGAACAGACGUCGGCCCAGAUCAUGAAUCUCGAAGGUCAAAUCGCCAGCAUAGAGACGGCAAACAUCAACAAGGAGACUCUCGACGCUCUCGGCAACGCUUCCAAGGCCAUGAAGACCAUCCACGGCGGCUUGACGAUCGACAAGGUUGAUGCUACCAUGGAAGAUCUUGAGGAGCAACACGCUAUCAGCAAAGAGAUUGCUAGCGCUCUUACUCAAGGCUCUACCGCAAAUGCUGUCGACGACGACGAGCUCGAAUCAGAGCUCGCCGAUUUGCAACAGGAAGAGCUGGACAACACUAUGCUCAAGACUGGUACUAUGCCUGUACACGACCAAGUCCAUCGCAUGCCCAGUGUUGCCAACACCGAACCGAGAGGAAAGGCUCCCGCUCAAGCAGAGGAAGACGACGAGGAAGAAGAGCUUCGGAGACUACAAGCCGAAAUGGCCAUGUAA